AUGGCCAGGGUUGUGCAAGUGGCACUACAAGGUGACAGAAACAGGAUUCGGAGGCGACUCUUGCACAUAGCAGGUCCAAUCAGUGCAGCUUAUGCCCUGGAGGGAUUGACCAUGGCGCUGCCAAUCUGGGCAGCUGCGCAUGGGGGCAAGCCACUUGCGCAGGAGGCGACCAGGAGAGUUGGUGCCGUUGGGCUCGGCGAUUCGGUGUUAGGGUCCUUGUGCGACGCCUUCGCGCUCGGCUGGGCAGAUGCUCAAGACACCCUGGUUUCGCACGCCCACGGUGCCGAUGAUGCCGACAAAGCCCGGGACCACUUGAAUUGCUGCCAGGUUUGGAUGUUGCUGUUGGCUGCUCUGAGCUCUGUGAUUCUCUUACAGACAGAGGCCAUUCUUCUCUGGACCGGUUGCGCGAAUGAGCAGAUCGCUGCUAAUGCUUCUCGGUACGUUCUUGCAAGCAUUCCUGGCAUUUGGUUUCUGUUCCAAUACUACUCGUUGAAGAAGUUCCUGGUGAAUCAGCAGAUCUCAUCACCACUUUUUUGGGUUCUUAGUGCUGCGAUACCAUGCCAUUUGGGCGUGUGCCUUUUGCUUCUCGAGUGGUCUUCGUUGGAUCCCCUGGUCUCCAUGGGCAUCGCCUUCUCCGUGAAGUCGGGGGUGUCCUUCUUGUUGUUGGCAGGUUACAUGAGCUGGUUUCAUCCGACGCCCAGCUGUGUGGGCUGGUGGAGAAUUUGGCAGUCAUCAGCGUUGACCUGGAAAGGGCUCUCGACAUAUGCUGCAAUCGGUGUGCCGAGCGUGGCCAUGAAUGGUUUGGACGCUUGGGCUUUUCAGUUCUUGACUCUCAUGGCUGGGCGGUUACAGAGUCCCACCGAGCUGGCCGCGCAUGUAGCCGUUUCGAUUGUCUACUGCUGGACAUACCUGAUGUUCCGGGGCACCUCGGAAGCAGCCACGGCUUUAGCUGGAGCUGCUGUUGGCCAGCAGAACUUGGGCGAGGUGUCCAGCAUCUUGCAAGUAAGCACCAAGGUGACGAUCACCAUCUGCGGAAUGAUUGUGGUGUGUUGCUGGCUUGGGCGUGGUCGUCUUGCCUUCGGGCUGCUGGGCGAUGAGCUCGUGACUCAUGCGGCUUUCAUGGGUGCAUUUCCCUGCUUGCUCGUACAGAUCUGGGCUGAUGGUCUGAACAGCCUGUACGGCUGCGUCUUGGCCGCAUUCGGACAACAAGGAUCCGUAUCGGUAGGCAUCCUCAUCUUUCAAUGGAUAGUGAAGCUGCCUUUUGCCUGGCUACUGGUGUUUCACUCUCACCUUGGGACUCUCGGCCUAUGGAUUGCAUCUUCCACUGCGUCUGUGAUGAACAUGAUCUACAAUGGUACGCUCACGAGGCACUGCUUGAAGUCGCUAGGCACGAAGUGGCAGUGCAGCAAGUUGGUCAACACUGAGAUCGAUGAGACGUAUGGGUCAGCGGCAGUUAUCGGGUCCCCGGUUGCAGGGGCCAGCGUUGACAUUGAUCUUAAGGCCAGCUUUGAGGGGGACGUCUUCCUCAGACAUCGGGCGCAGUGA